AUGUAUGCUGAUCAUAAUAUGCAUUUCUGGCCAUCAGGACAUUGUUGUAACGAAUCUUUAUUGUCGCGCGAUAUGGAUAGUUUGAUUGAAGCGAUGGCGGUUCGUGAACUUCGUUCAAAACGUCUCUAUCAACGGUAUAUUUUGCCAUCAGACGUAUUUUGUCGUACAAACACAUACAAACCAAUUCCAAUGCCACAGCCAAUACCUACUCGAUUCAGUAGUUUCAAUAUAGAUCGUUCUCUUGACAUGCGUCCUAUACUACCGAAACCUAUAACACCAGUUGAAUUGCCACGUAUCAAUCUUACGCGUUACCAAUCACCUUUAUUUUGUCAACAUUGCUGUCGUCAUGAUUUUCCAAGUUUAAAUUCAUAUAAUCGUGAGCCAUCGUUUUUUCCUCUAGCACAACAUUAUUAUCGUUUUCAAAUUGAUUAUGAAAGAUUUCAUCAAAAUAAAAGUUAUACUACAAGACAAUUGAAUUUAAAACGCCGUUGGAAAGCCUACGGUUUUAUAUUGAUAUUUUAUUUUAUGUUAAAAAGAAAUUUGCGUGUAGCAAAAAAAAAAAAGACCUAUUAUCAUCGUGAUUAUUGUCGUAUUCGUUUUCUUGAAUUGUUAACAGCUGUACAUCGAGUUUAUCUCGAACCGAAUUCUCCUAUCUAUAAGGCUCUAUCAUAUGUUGUUAAUCAUUCAUCUCAAUUGUUAAAUGAAGAACAGUUAUUUCAUUGUGCAGAAACCAUUAUAAACAAUAUAUCAGAUUUCUUACCUCAUAAUGGCAUUUUAGGUACAAAUAGCGAUGAUUCAGUUCUAAUUUAUUUACUGAACUGUUCUCUUGAACAAUAUCCACCAACAUACUUGUGGUCUAUUGAAAGGCAUCUUCUUUCAAUGAGUUAUACAAAGAUGAAAGCAAAAGGCCUGACACAAUUAGAUCAUUUCACAACAAAAUUUGUGCUCAUAUCAACAUUUAUAUUUCGUUGUUUAAUUAAAACACUUCUAUUAAAACCAGUUAAAUAUCGUUUAAGACGUGGACAACUGAAUCGUACGCAAUGGGUAAACACGCGUCUGUUAUCCACAUUGAUACUUUGUGUAGCACGUCAUGCGGUUUUAUACAACGAAACAACUCAUUUGCCAAUGCCAUUUCCGUUUGAAAUGAAAAAUUAUUUAAUGGAUGACGAGAAAUUAGAAAAAGUUUUUAAAAACAUUAACCAACUAAUUGAAUCUACAGCACCGAAACUUAGCUCGUGGUCUUGUGAAUAUGCUGAUCGAUUACAACGUCGUAUAAGCAAAAUGAAAAUGCGAAAAUAA